CAUUCAUUCUCAUGUGAAAGUCACAUGCAUGUGACACAUUUUAUAGACUAGUACCCAGGCCAAAGACACGAUUCAAUUCAAUUCAAAAAUACACACCCGCAGUCCUCUGUUUCUCUCUAUCUCUGUCUCUGUUUUCUCGUCUCUUUUUCGCUCUCUUUAGGAGGGAAAAGAGGGACAAAAAUGGAGAAGAAGGAGGAGAAGAACAACAACAACUGUAAACCUCAAAAACCCAAAACAUUAUUUCCACGACAAUGUCCUCUACUUGUGUUAACUAUGUUCACCAUUUUCAACACUGCGCAUUCUCUUUCUUUCGAUUAUGCUGAUGCAUUAAGAAAGAGCCUCCUUUACUUCGAAGCACAAAGGUCGGGUCGCUUACCUUACAACCAGCGUGUCACUUGGCGAGACCAUUCAGGCCUAACUGAUGGCUUAGAGCAAGGAGUGGACUUAGUGGGUGGAUAUUAUGAUGCAGGGGACCAUGUGAAAUUCGGGUUACCAAUGGCAUUUACUAUUACAAUGCUUUCUUGGGGAGUGAUAGAAUUUCGAGAUCAGAUCGCUCGUGCUGGUGAAUUAGAACACGCAUUAGAAGCUAUCAAAUGGGGCACUGAUUAUUUCAUGAAGGCACAUACUAGCCCAAAUGUGCUGUGGGCAGAGGUGGGUGAUGGCGACACUGAUCACUACUGUUGGCAGCGGCCGGAGGACAUGACAACAUCGCGGCAAGCCUAUAGGAUCGAUGAAAACAAUCCCGGUUCCGAUCUUGCCGGAGAGGCUGCAGCUGCUAUGGCAGCAGCUUCAAUAGUGUUCAGAACAACAAACCCACAUUACGCUCACCUGCUCUUGCACCAUGCUCAACAGUUGUUUGAAUUUGGAGAUAAGCAUAGAGGUAAAUAUGAUGCGAGUGUUAAUGUGGUAAAGAGCUACUAUGCGUCGGUGAGUGGAUACAUGGAUGAGUUGUUGUGGGGAAGUAUGUGGCUAUACAAGGCCACCGACAAUGAGGAGUACUUGAAUUAUGUUAUUACCAAGGCUCAUUCUUUUGGUGGGAUUGGUUGGGCCAUAACAGAGUUUAGCUGGGAUGUUAAAUAUGCUGGCCUUCAAAUCAUGGUUUCAAAGUUGCUUACUGAUGAAAAACACAAGGAACAUAGUCUCAUAGUAGAGCAAUACCGAGCAAAGGCCGAAUACUACAUAUGCUCAUGCCUUAAUAAAAACAAUGGUAGCAAUAAUGUGGGCCGUACUCCGGCCGGUCUCUUACAUAUUCGGCAAUGGAACAAUAUGCAAUAUGUUUCAACUGCGGCAUUUCUUCUGACCAUAUACUCCGGUUUCCUUCGGAGCUUGAACCGGAAGCUCGAGUGCCAUGGAGGAUUGGUGGAUCAUGAAGAGAUGCUAACUUUUACAAAAUCUCAAGUUGAUUAUAUAUUAGGUUCAAACCCAAUGAACAUGAGUUAUUUAGUGGGUUAUGGCCCUAAUUACCCAACAAGGGUGCACCACAGGGGAGCCUCCAUUGUGUCAUAUAGAGAGAAUAAAGGGUUCAUAGGGUGCACUCAAGGAUAUGAUAAUUGGUAUAGCAGGGAAGAGCAGAACCCAAAUGUUUUAGUUGGCGCAUUGGUUGGAGGACCAGAUUGUCAAGAUAAUUUCAUGGACAAGAGAGGUAAUUAUAUGCAGACUGAGGCCUGCACCUAUAAUACAGCACCAUUAGUAGGAGUUUUCGCAAAGUUCUUGGAAAUGGAGGAUCAAAAGGAAAAAGGUCAGCCUUUGGUUGCUUCCUAUUAGAAAUAAAUUUGAAGUAUUAAGAAAGAAAAUUGCAAAGGAAUAUAGAGUGUUGAAUAUUGUUACACGUGAUGGUGUUUUUGGGUGGCUGAAUACUAAAGUGUUCAAGCCCUUUUUGUACCUUCAUUUUUUUUUCCUUCUUUUGGUUAUGUUGUUUAUAAUACUAGAAAAUAAUAGUUAAGAAUUAUUAUUUAAUUAGAUA